AUGCCGGGAGUGAAGCGCAAGGCUGAGGCUUCCACCUCGAAGGCGUCAUCAUCCAAACACGCCGCCAGCCCAGCAGCACGUGCAUCAUCCAAGCGCAAGCCCGAACCCGUUUGCAUGGACGACAGCGACAACAAUGACGAAUUUGACGACGAGGAGGAUCUUCUCGAUUCGGCACUGCACGGCACAGGCUCUGCUGCCCUUGCAGGUGAUCUGAACGAGGAUGAUGACGACGAAGACGAAGACGAAGAGGAGGACGACAGCGAAGAAGAGGGAUCGGAUUCAGAAGCAACAGAUGCCGCAUCACAAGACGAGAUCGAGCUCGCAUCCGACGCAGACGAUUUUGACGACGAAGAGCAGCCAGAGGCCGAGGGCGACGGCGGCGAGGUCGAAAUCAUGUCGGACGAAGAUAUGGACGGCGGCUUCGAGGAUCUGGAAGCCGAUGGCGCCGAAGAGGACCCGAGCUCGUCCGCCACCGCGGCCGCAUACGCCUCGCGCAAAGCGUCCAAGAGCGCGCUGUACGCCAUUCCGACGCUGGCCGAGGUGCAGGGACUCAAGGAGACCGGGGAGCUGUUCAAGAACAACGUGUUCAAGCUCAAGGUUGACGAGAUGCUCCCCGAAGUGCGCCCGGCCUACAGCAAGGCCGGCGCGCUCGAGCUUGUCUUGCGCCGUCUGCAUCAGCUCUUCCAGUCGCUCGAUCCCAUCGAGCCUCUGCCUGUGGGCGACGCUAUCAAGCGCUUCCAAAAGCACACCGCCGACUCCAAGGUCACCAUCCCCUUCCCAGACCCGGCUCCCAAGGCCGACGCCAACUACAAGCUCGGUUUCGACAAGCCCGCUGCGAUGCACCUUGUCGGAAGCUGGGCGCUCAAGUCGGCCGCAAAGCGUCCGCAGGGAAUCGACGUCGACGUGGCCGUCGUCAUGCCUGCAGAGCUGUUCCAGCAGAAGGACUACGUCAACUUCAGGUAUUUCCACAAAAAGGCCUUCUACCUCGCCGCGCUCGCUCAUGCGAUUCAAACAGCACAGGACGAGCACGACAUCCACCUUGGCGUCACGCCGUCCUUCUCGCUCGUCGACGCCGAUCCGAGACGGCCGAUCCUCGUCCUGAGUCCCAUCCGCGACAAGUCGGAAACCGACUUUUCAAAGCUCAAGUGCAACAUCCGCAUCCACCCCUCGAUCGAGCCCGACACCUUCAAGCCCAUCCACCUUGGUCCGCUGCGCAGCAACGUGCGCGUGGCAUCCGACGAGGCCACUCCGGCUGAUGCAGCCUCCGUCGCUACUCCGCGGUACAAUGCUGCCAUUCUCGCCGACAUGCUGCAUCUUCCCCACCUCGUCUACCUCCACUCGAUCGCACAGGCGUGUCCCGCCUUUGCCGAUGCGUGUCUGCUACUCAAGACGUGGGCCUUCCAGCGCGGCUUUGGCUCGGGCGGUCGUCUCAGCCCAAAGCUCGCUGCGACCGAGGACGAGCGUCGCCGUCUCGUGGCGGGUACGGCCUCGCUGCGCUUCCUGCUCACCAUGAUCCUCGCGCAUUUGCUGCAAGGCGAAGAGAAGCGCGCGGGCAAACGCGACUCGUCCAACGCAGGCCGGAGCAAGCUCUCCAACAGCUUCUCGAGCUACCAGCUCUUCCGUGGUGUCAUGGACUGGCUCGCCAAGCACGACUUCCGUGCCAACCCGGUCUUUAUGAAGCCCAUGCCCGAGGCCGGCCUGGCGUCCAAGGCCGACAAGAUGCCCCGUGCCGAGUUCAGCCAGGUCUUUGACCGCGUCCUCGUCGAUCCGAGCGGCAUGCUCAACCUGCUCGCAUUCGUGCCUACUGGCUCCGUCGACCUGCUCCAGUACGAGGCACGCAGGACGUUCGACAUGCUCAACGACCCGAGCUCGGACCACUUUGAUGCGCUCUUCUUGCAGGAUCGAACGGCUGCGCCCUUUACCUUUGACGAGGUGGCGCGCAUCGACCUGCCACUGUCCACAAAGGCGCGCGAGAGCAACGGCGUGGGCAUCUCUGCGGCUUCGCCGAUCCAGCGUGCCGACUUUGGCAACUCGUUCCAGGCGGCCAUGAUCCAGGUCAGCUCCACCGCCUCGCGCGCACUCGAGGGGCGCGCCAAGCUCGUUGCUCUCAUGCAUCCUGCCACGGGCGGACUGGCGGGCACGUGGAGGUUGAAUGGCAGCCGUCCCGUUGCGCUGAGCGAUGCCGAGAUCGGCGUGGUUCUCGAUGGCGAGCAGGCAUGGAGGAUGGUGGAGCACGGUCCGUCGAGUCAGGAGACCGAGCAGGCCGAGCGCUUCCGUGCCUUCUGGGGCAAGAUGUCGGAGCUGCGUCGGUUCAAGGACGGACGCGUGCUCGAGAGUGUCGUGUGGCCCGUCACCACGCAGGCGUCGCGCUGGGCCAUCCCGCGCCGCAUCCUCUCGUACGUGCUCUACCGCCAUCACGCCAUCCACGAGUCGCAGAUCCACUUUGUCGCGUCGCACUUUGACUCGCUCCUCGAGGUGGACAGCACGCUGGUGCGAACGGCACACGUGGUCAGCACCGAGGAGAAGGGCUUCACGCCCGUCCAGACGGCCUUUGACCAGCUGUCCAAGGAUCUGCGUGCACUCGAAUCGCUGCCGUUGUCUAUCAUCGCCGUGUCGCCCGCCUCGCCCGGUCUGCGUGGGACGAGCACGUUUGUGCCCGCGCCGCUCAACCUGGAGCUGCUGGGCGAGCGCAUCCCCGACGCAGCGUCGUAUCUGCCGGUGCACGACAUUGUGAUCACAUUCGAGGGCUCGGGCAAGUGGCCCAACGAGCUCGCGGCGAUCCAGGCGAUGAAGGCGGCGUUCUUCGAACGCAUGUGCGCCGAGAUCGGCAACAAGAUGCCCGGCACCAUGGCGCGCAUCGUAUUCAACCCCAACGCCACGUCCAAGAUGGAGGACCAGUGCAGCCUGGAGCUGGUGCUGCCGAGUGGAUUUGCGUUUAGGGCGAGCGUGAUGCACAGCCGCGAAAAGGUGCUGCUCGAGCGCAUCCUUGCCGACCGGUUCGAGUCGGCGGCGGCCAAGAGGCGCGCGCGCAAGAUCGUGCUCGAGUGGCAGCGUCGCUUCGAGACGCUUCCGCUGCACCACUCGUACAUUGCGUCGAUGGGCCACCGCUUCGCCUCGUUCGGCACCGCCGUGAGGCUGACCAAGCGAUGGUUUGCGAGCCAGAUGCUGUCGUCGCCCGCGGUGCCCGAGGAGCUGAUCGAGCUGGUUUGCGCCGCGGCGUACCUGUCGCCCGAGGAGGGCGCGCCGGCGUCAGCGGUGGCGGGCCUGCUGAGGAUCCUGCGCCUGCUGGCCAACUGGAGGUGGAAGGAGGAGCCGCUCAUGGUGCCCAUCCAGGCGGUGAUCGACUCGGCCGAGGCCAAGGAUAUCUACACGUUCCCCGCAGACAAGCGCACCGAGGUCGAGACGGCGUUCAAGGCAGCGCGCGGCAGCGAUCCUUCCAUGACGCACCGCGCGUGGUUCGUGGCGACCGAAACCGACGUCGAGGCGCUGGCAUUCGGCCGCCAGGGACCCGUGGGUGGCGUAGCCGACGGUAUCCGGAAGCUUGCCCAGAACGCGGUCUCGCAGCUGGAGAGCGCGACGUCGUUGGGGCGCGAGGACCUGAUGGCGGUGUUUACGCCGUCGACGGAGCACUACGACUUCGUGAUCGCCCUCAAGCGCAACGUUCUGCCGCGCUACAGCGAAAACGUGCACGCCGAUCCGAGCGUGUGGGGCAGCAAACGCACAAAGUACGUCAACGAUGCCGGCGCCAGCCUGCCGCCCGUCGAGAGUGUGCUGGGCGCAACGCCCAAGCCGGGCUUUGAUUCGGCCGAGGCCUUCCUGGCGCUGCUGCGCGGCUUGUACAGCGACUCGUUCCGCCUCUACCACGACUGCCACGGUGGCAACUUGAUCGGCGGCCUCUUCAACCCAUCGCUCGAGCGCGAGCGGGACUUCAAGGUGGGCCUCGGCUUCUCGUCUCAACCGACCACGACGGACCGCAAGGCACAGGUCAAGCUCAACCGCGCCGCCAUCAUGGCCGAGAUCGAACGGCUCGGUGAAGGCCUCGUGGAGCGCGUCGAGCUGCGAAAUGCCUGA